GGCGGGCGCUCGUCCAAGUCACAGAAAGUGCCACGACUCCAUUCGUCGCGGCUUCUCUGAAUCACUGAAAUUCAGAGCUUGGGGACGUGAGGUAAGGGCAGGCAGGCAGGCAGACGACCAACAGACCGACCGACCGACGACAGACAGCCAGGACGCAGACAGACAGACGCAGACAUGGACGUGUACGACCCUCAGACGCUGGGCUUCGUGGUGUUCGGCGGCUUCAUGCUGGUGUCGGCGCUGGGCAUCGCGCUAGUCUCCACGCUCUCCAUGAAGGAGACGUCCUACGAGGACGCGCUGGCCGAGCAGCGCCGCAAGAUGGCCCGUCUGCAGACCGCCGGGUCGGCGCCCGCUGCCGCCGCCAACGCAUCAUCAGCCCGCGCCGACAAGAAGAGGAAGAAGAAGAAGAAGGAGGAGAAGGCGUCCAACGGGAAGGUGGCGGAAACCGCCGUGGCGGCUGAGCAGGUCGCCGAGGAAGUGGCCGAACCCGAACCGGAGCCUGAACCCGUGCCGGAGCCUGCCGUUGUCGUGGAAACCGUCGUUUGCGAGCCUGUCGUCGAGGACGCGCCCGAGCAAGAGGCUCAAGAACCUGAACCGGCACCCGAGGAUGCCGCCCCGGAACCUAUCGUCGAGCCUGCCCCUGUUGCCGUGGAGACGCCCGAUGUCCCCUCUCCGUCAUCCUCGGGCAAGAAGAAGAAGAAGGUGGCCAAGGUGGAGCCCGCCGUCGCCAAGCCCCAAGAGAACGUUGCUGCCGUGGCGCCCACCGUCGUGGAGGUUGCCGCGGAGACGGCGCCUGCCCCGCCUGCGGUCGCUGCUGUUGCCCCAGUCAAAGCUGAAGAGCCCAAAGCAGAAGCUCCCCCUGCUGCUGCUCCCAGCAAGAGAAGCAGAAGGAAGAAGGCAGAGCCAGUUGCUCCGGUGGAGGCGACCCCUGUUGCCCCGGUAACCUCUGUGACCCCUGAGGUGGCUCCCGUGCAGUCGGCGCUCCCCACUCUGCUCACGGCCCUCAGCACCCUGACCGAGGCCGAGACCCAAAAGGUCCUGGAGGCGCUCGGAGACAAGACCGGACACGACUCCUGGCAAAUGGCCUCUCAGAAAGGAGAUCCCGUGGCUGUGGUGAAGAAGCAGCUGGAGGAGAAGGAGAAGGCCCUGGCUGCAGAACUGGAGAACUCCGCCGCCGCUAAGAACCGCGUGAAGGAACUCACCAAGGAGCUGGGUGCGGAGAAGUCUCGUCUGGCGGCGGUGGAGACGCGUCUGAGCUCGGAGCUGAGCGGUCGUCAGCAGGAGCUGAUGGCUCUGCAGGCGCGCAUGCAGGCCUCCUACGAGGAGCACCUGAUGGAGACGCAGCAGUUCACCAGCAAGAUCCAGACUCUGCAGGAGCAGCUGGAAAAUGGUCCCAACGCCCAGCUGGCCCGUCUGCAGCAGGAGAACUCCAUCCUCAGGGACGCCCUCAACCAAGCCACCAGCCAAUCAGAGAGCAGGCAGAAUGCCGAGAUGGCGAAGCUCCGUCAGGACUGCAUCCGUCUCAGCCGGGAGCUCAGCGACCGCACCGAUGCCCAUCUGGCUGAGGAGGAGCGCCGGAAAGUUCUGGAAGCCAAGAUGGCCGCCGCAGAGGAACAGCUGACCCAGAUACAGGUGCGUUCCCAGGAGAGUGAGCGCUGUCUGCAGGGGGAGCUGGAGCGCGUGGGGGCUCAACUGCAGGUGGCGCUGCAGGGCACCGGGGGACUGACGCAGCAGCUGGACACCGUCACCGCCGAGCUCCGCCGAGCACACGACACCGGCGCCGAGCUGCAGCAGCAGCUACAGCAGGCCCAGCAGCAGGCCGCCACGCUCGCCGAGCUUCAGGAGCGCAUGGCCGCCACCGAGGCCGAACUGAAGGAGAAGUGCGCAGAGCUGGAGGCCCUUAGGACCCAGCAGACACCCGCCGCCUCCGCUGCCCCAGAGGCUCCCGCAGAGACUGAGAACCCAGCCGUCACUGAGGAGGAGCAGCCGCCCGCAACGGAGGAGCAGGAGAAGGAGGCGCAGCAGCUGCAGCAGGAGGAGGAGGAGGCCUCCCUGGAGGAGGAGGUGCAGGUGAUCGAGGAGGAGGUGGUGACAGCAGAAGUGGCUGCAGUGGAGGUGGCUGUGGCUGAGGAGGUUGCGGAGAAGGUGGAGGUUGAGGAGCAGGUGGAGGUGGUGGCUGAGGAGCAGCAGGUGGAGGUGGUGGCUGUACAGCAGGAGGAGGUGCAGGCCGCAGUGGAGAGUGAGCCACAGGCUGAUCACACAGCUGAGAUCGAGGAGCUGAGGAGCAGCCUGCAGCAGAAGGAGGCUGAGUUGAGUUCUGUGAUGGAGGAGCUGCUCAAACUGAAGGAGGAGAUGGAGCUGUUGAAGACCGAACCGGCACCCAUCCCAGAGGCCCAGCACAAUGGAGUGAAGGAUGUGGAAGAGCCAGCUGUUGAGACCACAAUGGAGGAGUCCGUACCAGAGCCAACCCCCGUCACCUGUGUUCCUGACAGCAGUGCUGACAUCGAACAGCUCCAGAGCAGUCUGGAGGAGAAGGAGCGUCUGGUGGCGUCACUACAGGAAGAGCUGGAGCUGGUCAAGGCCCAGACAGAGACCAAGGAGGACAUGCCUGAUUCGUCAGCAGAGGUGGAGCAGCUCCAGGUGGAGCUUAACCAGCUGAAGGAGGAGCUAGCACAAGUCAAGAGUGCCAAGACGGAGGCAGAGGAAGCAUCAGAAGCUGAGCAGCCAUUUGAAAACCUGGAGAAGGACGCUCGUAUGAUGUCACUGGAGGAGGAGCUGCAGCAGCUGAAGGAGGAGCUGGAGCAGGUCAAGGACAAGAGCAACGAGUUGAGGGAGAAGAACUGGUCGGCGAUGGAGGGUCUGGCUACGGCCGAGAAGCUGGGCGAGGAGAGACUAACCCAAGCCAAAGAUGCACUGGCCGAAGCUGAGAAACAGCUGAACUCUUUCCAAACGGAAGCCAAGAAUGCCCUACAGGCACUAUUCCCACAGGUUGUCAUAGAAACAGAACAGGAUAACUGGUUGGAGGCGUUCACAGCCAAAGCCCAGGAGGUGCUCAGAGAAAGCCAGCCCAGCCAGGUCGCCCAGCAGGAGGGCUCCGGAUCAACGGACCUGCCGGAGCUGCUGUCCAAGCUGCAGGAGGCCGAGGAAUCCCAGAAGAUACUCAAGGCCGAGUGUGACCAGUACCGCACCGUGCUGGGGGAGACGGAGGGCAUGCUGAAGCAGCUGCAGAGGAGCGUGGAGGAGGAAGAGCUCGUCUGGAAGGCCAAGAUCGGGGAGGCCGAGGCACAGAGACAGGCGGCCCUGGAUCAGGUGAAGGCGCUGGAGGAGGCUGCAGAGGCCAUGAGGACAGACAGUCCGGACACCGAACAGCUGAAGGAACAGGUGAUGCUGCUAGAAGCCCAGCUGGAGAAACAGCUGGAGUCGUUGACCUUCAGCCAGACCUACGCAGAGGAGAUCGCACAGGUGAGCACGCUCAACUGCGCUCUGUCGGAGUCCCAGGCUCAGCUGGAGGCUGCCCAGGCAGAAGCCCAGAAACAGACGUCUGAACUCGCCACGGUGAGGCAGCAGCUGAGGGAGUCGACUGAGCGCGUGCAGAAUGAGGACUACUCCCACUCUCCGGGGUCAGAGGUCACACAGGUGCAGAGCCAGCUGGAGGAGACGGCUGAGAAAUUAUUGACAGAGGAGGCCAUGAAACAGCAGCUAGCAGAGAGCUAUGAUCAGGUAGCCACCACACGCAGCAUCAAACAGCAGCUAGCAGAGAGCUAUGAUCAGGCUCAGAAGUGUGUAUCGGACCUUCAGGCCCAGCUGGAGACUCUGAGAGCAGAGGGCGAGGGACCCACUGUCGAGCUGAAGGUGCGUGUUUGGGAGCGUCUGGAGAAGGAGAAGAAGCUGACGAGAGACCUGGGUCAGGCCGCCACCAAGCUGCAGCUGCUCCUUAAGGCCACCCAGGACCAGCUGGCCAAGGAGCGGGACACCAUCAAGCACCUCCAGGAACAAACACAGGGCAAGAACACUGAAGAGCCAAAGGAGGGAACAUCUGUCUGAGCCAGACUGGACGACCAUCAGAGAGAGAGACGGCGAGAGAGGAAAAGAGGAAGACCAAGAUGAACGACUUUUCCAAGAUGCCUUAAUUUACUCGACAUAUUCAUUUAUAUCUUUGUAGUCUCACAGUGCUGUAGUAACUGUUGGGCGGAAUGGACCUUUCAGAAUGGAAAGAGGGAUGAAGUGAAGGGAAUAAAAAGAAGAAGAGAAGGAAUGAGAGAGGGAGAGAGAAGGAAGGUGUGGGAAUGAAUGAGUGGAUCUAGUUAUGUAUCUUUUAAAAAAAAAAAAAAAAAAAAAAAAAAAAAAAAAAAAAUCGCAGAUCAAAGAUUUAAAUGUGGGACACUUCAGCCGAGACGAGGCGGGCUGCGGGUGUCUCUGUGGACUCACAUUCCCAGAAUGCACCAUUCUGUCAGUGUUAAUGGAUCAAAGGGAAAUCCUCCAUGUGGCUGCGUCACUGCACGACUCGUGGCGGAAUAAUAAUAAUAAUAAUAAUAAUAAUAAUUAAAUAAAAGAAGAUGGUGCAAUCACUUUUCUUUUAACUUUAUUGUUUUUUCUCUUGUCCUUUUUUCAAAUGGGAGUGGAGGAGCAGGGGAUAGGGUGGAGGACCUCAAACUCGCCACCCCAACCCAGGAAUGGAGGAAAGGGAGGGGGAGGAGCAGGGGAUAGAGUGGAGGACCUCAAACUCGCCACCCCAACCCAGGAAUGGAGGAAAGGGGGGGGGGUGGAGCAGGGGAUAGGCCUGGUGACAUUUCUCCAUUGCGGUACGGAGACGACAUGCAAUGUUUGGCCCCUACACCUGUUGCUGUGGGGACGGGACACCCUCAUAAUGUGAUCAUUUGUAAUGAAACAAUAAAACAAUGUAGACCGUA